GUGGCUGAAUUUUCUUUCUUGAUGCUCUUAUUAUUUUAUCAAAGCCAUUGAAGUGCUGUCCUUCAGCACAGAGAUGCUAUCCCUUUUCCUUCUCUCUCUCUCUGUCUCUCUCACUAUAAGAACACUCACUCACAUUCAUCCCCAGAAGAAGAAGAAGAAGCUGUAGAGAGAUAGAUCACCAUGGGAGGCAAGCUUAGCAAGAAUAAUAAUAGAGGAGGACGGUAUUAUAGCUGUGAGAAAGAAGUGAUGAAUCUGAAGCACAGGGUGAAGGUUCUGCAAGAGGAGAUAAAGACGAUGAUGGUGGAGAGAGAGAGAGAGUAUAUGAACUGCGAAAGAGAAAUAAUGAUGUUCGCUUUGAAGGAGACAGAGUGGAAGAGAGAGAGAGAGAAGCUGAGGGAGGAGGUGGCGCUGCUGAGGAAGACGGCGGAGGAGAGGGAGAUAAGAGAGAUGGUGAGGGACAAGAUGGGAAUAAUGGAGAAAGGCGAGGAAAAUAGUGGGAAAGAGUGGGAAUUAAUGGGGACCAAGCUUCUAGUUGAGAAGAUGAAGGAGGAAAGAGCAAGAAGAGACGAGGCUGUUGAGAAGUGGAAACAACUUUAUCUAGAAAUUAAGACAGAGUUGGAUGAUCUCAUUCAGAGAACUUACAAUGGUGAUGGAGUGUGUUGGAAGCAGGCAGAGGAAAAUGAGGUGGAGAUGGAGAAACUGAAGGCAGAAUUACAAGACAAAGAAGGAACCAUCAAGUCGCUCAAAUCUCAAUUGGAGUCUUUGGAGCAACAAAAGAAGAAAAAGGAGAGAGAGUUUGAUUUGUUGAGACAAAGCUUGAGAAUCAUGAAUGCUAACAAGAAUUCGUCAUCACUUCAGACAAAAGAGAAGCUCUUGAAAACAAAAAAUGUUAGAUAAAUUGCAGAAUUAAUGCAGGUCCUCUGUGUGUGAAAUAAUAUUUCGUUUGAAGAUGGAGAAUUGACCACAAUUAAAGAUGGGUAAAGUAGGUCCCACCCACAUGAAGUUCACAUAUAAAGAAGUGAGACUUGCCAAGCUAUUUUCCAAAACCUGGAUUGAAUUUGUAUGUAUUUUUGUACACAUAUUUUCAUGCUAAUUUCCUUAUUUUCAGGGUGAUGAAAAAGAAGGGGUAAUUCAUCUCUUGAAUCUUGAAGUAGACAAGAAAAGGAGAUUUUUUGUUCUUCUUUCCCUCACUUUCUCAUAUGGAUGCGAACAAAUUCAUAUUUUAAAGAAGUUUCCAUUCUACUUGUGAUAGAAUGAGCCAAAAGGUUGCAAUGAUUAAUUAAUGAUACAUAUUGGCCAUGUUUACCUAAU